GUUACCUUCUCACUCCUCUACAUCUCCCGUACAAAGCAUCUAACAACAUCAUUGUUGGAAGAAUUCGCAGUCCCUUGUCACCCCUUCACGCGCCUUGCUCGUUCACCACCAACCUUUAAUGACAAACGCUGGGAUUCAUGUCCAUGUCGCCUGCGCCCUUCCGUCCCGCCCUCAUUCCAUCCCACGAUUCCGCGCAGAUUCCCUCCCGCGAAAAUCCUUGCGUCAGAAAUAAACAUUGACGUCGCAAACCACCGGUCACGACCAUCUGCGUUCGCCCUCAUUCACAAAACCUCCGACAUUCAUUCAACCUCUGUCUCUGAAAUCCCCCGCUACCUCUCCAAUUUGUGAAGCAUUUUUCGUGUCGCCGUGGAUCCAAGAUGCCGCCAUCAAAACGCAAACCCCGUCGCAAGCAGGCAGAUAUCCUCGAGUCUUCUGAACUUGAUCUUCCCGAUUCUUCGCCUACGCGGCCAUCGGCAAAGAAACGCAAGGGUAAUGGAGGGCGCGCCGUAGCCAGACGAAAAUCCACAUCUCCCGAACCUGAACUUUCCCCCGCCCAAGACUCUGGCGAUGAAACGGAAGAGCUGUCGCAGACCGACCUCAUAGAUUCUGUUGUCUCCUACCUGCAAGUCUCGAAAGAACCUAUUGUUGCUGCAGCAGAAUAUUCCAACGACAAGCCACAAAACAACAGCCCACAAAAAGUGUCCGCAUAUGCAAAGAUUGCUGGAAGAGAUUGGACGUAUUUUGUGCGCGAACAGUCUGUGAACUUUGGCAGACCACCAGAUGAACGUCCAACAGUAAGUGGCGCUUCGAGUCCGAUUGCGGAUCUGAAAGAAGUCCUACCUGUACACAUCGAUCUCGGGCCCAGCAAGAUCGUGUCGCGGCACCACGCCUCAAUAUACUACGAUGCUGAUUACCCCGUCGAUAAGGGCGGCUGGCAUGUCAGGGUUAAUGGGCGAAAUGGUGUGCGGGUCAACAAUGUCUUGGUCAAGAAAGGGUUACGGAAGCAGAUCAGAUCUGGUGACAUUAUAGAAAUCGCUGGCACGCAAAUGAUGUUUGUGACCCCAGGAGACAAGGCCGAAAUCGACCAAUACUUCAUCGAUCGAGCCAAAGCAUUAGCUGCGGGCGAAGAGGUUCCUCAGCUCGAGGUCCAAGUUGAGUCGGCCAGGCAUAGCAGCAUCUCAUAUGGAUCUCAAGCAUUUCCAUCACUCGCCCCGGCUCCGCCAGAUUUCAAACGAGAAACCACUCCGCCUUCGAACGAUUCGGGAAAGCAACAGCGAGGUGUUUUCGAUAGCAAAGCACCCAUCUCGCCUAUGUAUGGCCGUGGAAUGCUGAUGCAGAGCAACCAGGAAAUCGACUACAGUCGGGACAGUGCUAAGGAUCUCAAGCCACCGUUCAGUUAUGCUACCAUGAUCGCCCAGGCCAUCUUCUCUAGCGAGGAGGAAAAGCUGACCCUAAGCAACAUCUACUCUUUCAUUGCCGAAAAGUAUGCCUUUUAUCGCCACUCAAAUAGUGGUUGGCAGAACUCGAUACGGCAUAAUUUGUCACUCAACAAAGCAUUUCAAAAAGUACCCAGACGUACCGAUGAGCCAGGGAAGGGUAUGAAGUGGCAGAUUGCCCCUGAAUUUCGUCAGGAAUAUUGGAAGAAGCAGGCCCGCCGUGGAGGCUCUGUCCCGUCUUCGCCCGCAGCAGGUAAAGAUGUCAAUCCCAAUUUCAGAGGCCCAAAUGGGCAGAAUCUAGGUUACGACACGAGCAUGGUCAGCCAAUUCUCUGCCCGAGAUGGGAGUGAUCGACCUGGUCCUCCGCCUCCGAAUAUUGGUCUACAGUUUCCUGCGUUCAAUCCAGGACCCCCAGGUCCUCCAGGUCCAUUCCCGCCAGGGCCAACUCUGGCACCGCCUGCGAAUGCUCGGGAAGCCAUCACGCCUCAGAGACGAAGGACAGGUACGCAGAACACCCUCCCGGAUCUGGAGUUGGAAGAGUCACCACUUCCACAUCGCCCAGGCCCAACGCCUCGUCUUGGCAAUGGUCUACCUGCUUACACUUUACCGUCGUCUGUACCACCGUCGCAUCAUUCGCCUGCUAACCCGACUCUUUCGUCAUCCUAUCUUGACACCCCAUUUCACCACUCGCAACAUAGCAUUGUCACUCCCGCACCGCUCAGGCAGAAUCCCAGGCUGGCUCCUCCCAGUACACUGGUAGCUCCCAGCAAGUUCAUGCCUGAGUCGUCUCCUGCGGGCCCGAGUCUAUUCUGGAAAGGCCUAAUGGCAGUCACUCCAGGCCAGGCUUUGCCAGACAUAUCCCCAGUCAAGGAUGAAGAUCCCAGGGCCAACGGACUUGAUCGACAGGUGAUGAGUUCUAGUCCGCCGCCUAUGGAUGGGGGCGUUGGCAGCCCUAGCAAGCCAGCGAGGAGCAGCCAGAUGCCAGCUGGCUCGAGCUCCAGUAUCAAGAAAGAAGCCACGCCUGCAGUGCCCGUACGAGAGACCGAGAGUGCCGAGAAUGAGACAAGGUCUGGUCGCAGCACCUCGGCAGUUCCACCAGUGAAAUUCAACUCCACUACCACGGAAGUGCGAGACAACAAUGAUGAUGACGAUGACGAUGGAGAUGGUGGCUUCGACCUUGCAAAGGGAUUUGCUCCUAUUGCAGGGGGCAGUUUCCCUUCACAACGCAGUAGUAGUGUUCGAGCUGGAUCUUAGAGAGAUCCAGACUUCCUUCGGGAUCAGAUGCACCGUCGAAUGUGUACGAAAUACCCUUGAUUUUGGUUGGAUGGUGACGGCUGAUGAGUUUCCAUGGCCAUGGCCAUGCUCCUGAGCCACAAUUGUGUACAAUUACGAAUUUCUGGGGGGUUGCGUGUGUGACAAGCACUCGCUAACUAUGCUUUUGUUGUGAUCACGGCGUUUUGAACAUUAGGGAAACUGAUUGGAUGUGUUUGCCUUGCUUUUGCGCAUAUUAGGUGUACAUGGGAGGGACACGCUCGACAGCAUUGCAUGGUUUGGAUUUCAGGCUUCUGAGAGAAAUGUCUUUAUGAAUCAAUGUUUGCUAGCCCAAAGGGUCUGGGCUUCACGAAUUGGAUUGCCAAAUACCUUAGUUGUUGAGAUUGUAUCAUGGCCUAACAGUACAAUACUGACAAUCCCACAUUCGUGAACAGUGGUUUCUAUUUGCUAUGUCUAUUCCAUUGAUCCCUAUUGCAAACUCGUUGAAAUCGUUG